AAUGAGUGCAGCAUAAUGUCAGCUUCAGGUGUUCACCAACACUGGGACUCAUCAUACACUCGGAGGGAGAUGAGUGGAGCAAAGCAGCAGAAAGGGACCCAGAGGCGUAUUUGGUUCCACUAUGGUUUUUGGGGUUUUGGUUUCCUGUUGAUACUCGGGACUAUGUACAUCCACCGUUUCUUUAUUUCUCAUCUCUGGAGACAAAAAACAGUUCCAUAUGUGGAUCCGGAAUCAUUUUACGUGGCUUACCCGCAUAAAUACCGGUUCAUCCUGGACCAGCCAAAAGCAUGCAAGCAACAUAACCCGUAUAUGGUGAUCAUCGUUCCGGUGGCACCUCAUGAUAUGGAAGGACGUAAUGCCAUAAGAAGCACAUGGGGGAAUGACAGCAUGGUCAAGGAUGGAGAUGUUCUGGUUCUGUUCCUGUUGGGUUUACCAAGUGGGAGCAACUUUGAAGCACAACAGGUCCGCAUACGCCAGGAGAACCAGCAGCAUUGGGAUCUGCUUCAGAGUGACUUCAUAGACUCCUACAGGAAUCUGACUAUAAAGACUAUGCUGAUGCUUGAAUGGCUGAGAGAUCGCUGUCCCCAAGCGUAUUACGCCGCAAAAGUGGAUGUUGACAUGUUGCUAAACGUUAGUGCCUUGAUACAAAUGCUGCUGAGCCCCACUCAACAUCAUGAAAACUACAUUACUGGGCUGGUGUGGUAUGAGAAUAUAGCCAUCAGAGAUCCAUCCAGCAAGUUUUACAUCCCUCCUGAGGUGUAUCCCUUCCCGGUGUAUCCGCCAUACCCUUUGGGAAUGUGCUACAUCAUGUCCAUGGACCUCCCAGCAAAGAUUCUGGACGUGUCGAGAAAAAUUAAACCCAUUUUCAUCGAGGACGCCUACAUCGGCUUGUGUCUCGAACAACUUCAUAUUGCUCCCACAGACCCUCCAAAUGUCGCACAGUUUGUGGUCAAGCCACCUCUAGAGUAUGACCGGUGUUACUACUCUGAACUCAUUGCUGUGAUAACAGAAAGUCCUGCAGAACUGAUCUCCUUCUGGAUCGACCUUCACAAACCAGGCCCAGCCUGUUAA